AUGAGCUUCACAAUAGAGGAGGAGUACUACGUGCCCCCCGAUGUUCUUUUCAAUGCCUUCACUGAUGCCUACACGUUGACGAGGCUCUCCAGGGGUUCCCCCGCCGAGACGGUUAGCAAGAUGGAGAACGCGAAAGAUGCCAAGGUUGGGGGGAAGUUCUCCCUGUUCGCAGGGAGCGUUUACGGGGAAUUCAUGGAAAUUGAAAAGCCACAAAAAAUUAUCCAAAAAUGGAGGUUCACGGACUGGUGCGAUGGAGACUACAGCACAGUGACGUUGGAGUUUAGGAGCGUAAAAGAAAAUCACACUCUGCUUAAGCUGACCCAGGAAAGCAUUCCCACGAAGAAUAAGUUUGACGAAGGUGGCGUCCUGGAACGGUGCAGAAACGGAUGGACCGAAAAUUUAUUGCACAAUAUAGAAGUGAUACUGGGAUACCCGAAGAAGAAGUAG